AUUUAUAGAUCGAUCCGGUAAGACGGCUCAUGUAAACACAACACCGUGUCGGCACACCUGAAAACAUGGGGUACAAAAGUAGCACAGGCGUACCUGUAAGGGAGAUAUGUUUUGGAAUUGCCAACUUUAUAUUCCUGUUGAUGGGACUGGUGGUGUUUGUAGUGGGUGUAUACUUGAAAGUUUCACGUUCAGUCUACACGGAACUCCUCGACAGCCGUGAAUUUGAGACCGGCACCGCCCUGUGUGUGUCAGCGGGAAUCAUUGUCAUGGUUGUAUCUCUCAUCGGGUUCUGGGGACUGUGGAUGAAAAGCCAGUUUGUUCUAGGUCUGUAUUUCUUCUCUGUGCUCAUCAUCUUUUGCCUUGAACUUGCUGCUGGCGUCAUAGCAUACAUCUACAGAAACAGGAUAGAAGAGAUUGUAGUGGAAGACUUAAAGACAGGUUUACAGGAUACCAAAAGAAGGGUGGCGUGGGAUACAGUUCAGGAAAAGUAUGAAUGCUGCGGAGUUCAUAACUACACAGACUGGAUGGGUGUGUAUGAUGUCAAUGUCCCCACCUCUAUUCCGGAUUCCUGUUGUGGUUAUCCGGACUGUGGCGAGUCUGGAUCAGCCGCUGCCUGGCGCAUUGGUUGUGUUGAAGAUGCCAAGGACUGGCUGGAAGAGAAUUACCUACUUCUGGGAUUAGUGUGCAUUGUGAUAGGAGCUAUUCAUGUAAGUCGCAUCCCAAAUCCAUGUAUACCUAAUAUAUGUAUGAAGAAUAUGCAUCCACACAGAUAAGGAUCGAUGUGUUUCAUUAUUAAAAUAAUGCUGGAGAUUUUCUAUUAUUAUUAUACAAAUGUACAAUUUUAAGCACUGCAUGAAGCAGUAUGUAUUAUCAGUAUAUAUUAGUAAUGCUUUAUACAGAAGAAUCUCUAUGGCUCAAACUUUGAUCUCUUGAAGUGAAUUUUUGGGCACGAUGUUUUCCCUUUUUAAAGAAGCAAAUUCAAUCUUGAUUUCUCAAAAAAAAAAUUUAUCCUUUCAAGUUGUUGAUCUUUUUAAGCAUGACAUGGGUCCUGUUAUCACCUGGUGUUUCAUUACAUCUUACUCUUGAAAACUCCAAGUAUCCAUUGUGUAUACAAGCUGUCAAUUUAAAGCUGGGGAAAUAAUCGUGGACCUAACUUACCAUGAUAUGAUUUAAAUGAAACGCAAGUGGAAGUGUGGACCACUAAUUGGAUGGUUAUAAGUGUGACACUUCACCGAUGAAACACAUACUCUGCCUAGUUACUGUUGGUAUUCAGAUUGGACAACAAAUUUAAUUAAGAUAAUUAAUUCUAGCACUGAAUAAGUUAAUUAUGAAACAUGGACCUUAAUUUCAAGACUAUAAUAUUGAGACAUGAAAAUAAGAUGAUAAUUUUUAGACUGAAAAUUAUUAAGAGAAGUGUGAAUUUUAGCUAUCAUAGAAUAUGAAUAAAAUAUGAAUCCAACCUGAUUUUUUAACACGUAUUGCAAGUAUCACUUUAAAACUUCUCUCACAAGAAUGUGAGUAACAACAUCAAACAAUCUUUUGAUGCAAGAUUUGAAAUAUAUUGGUCAUAUUGACGAUUUCGGGGUUUAUAACCAUUACUAUUUGAAAAUUUGAAUUCUUGGAUUUCUGAUAGAUUUUGGCAGUCCCAUGGACUUCAAGUUGUUGAGAGUUUCCUGUUGUAUAUGGAUAGCAUUGUAUCAGUAUUAUCAGUAGCUGUAAUAUAUAUAUCUAUAAUCAUUACUACAGUAAUUUGAUCCAAAGAGUCAGCCGGCGUGGAUCAUCAGAUCCAGGAGACGUGAAGCGUCAAGUUUGAUCUGAUCCGCGCCAGUCAACAAGAUGUGAUCCAACUUUCAGAUCAAGUUACUGUAGUAAUGAUUUUAUUAUAUAACCCCAUAUGCAUCUUUAAAUCCACAUUUAUAAAAUACUAAAUGUAAUCCAAAUAAUCAAAAGCACAGACAUUCAGUGAAAUUAUAUAUUGUGUAUGCAGUUUUGUUUGUGACGCGGUCAAAAAACGUUGCAUUGAUGUAUUGUGACGUCUGCAUUGUGACGUUAUCAGUUUCAAAGGAUACUGAUACGGAAUCAGAAAACCACAGUGUGGUGAUCCUGAGAACCGAAUCACACUCUGUGAAAUCAACAGUAUGAAACAUUGAUGGGUAUAUGAUAAAAGUGAAUAUCAGUACUAUUUAUACACAUUGACAAUAUUGUAUUGUUUUUGCAGGUUUUGCUUCUGUUGGUUACGGCAGUGCUUAUUGUACAUCUCAGGCGGAAUUGAUGAGAAAACUUCAUCGUUAAUUUGAAUUUGAAAACUGCUUCUGAUUAAAUGUACCCAGGCUAAAUGGUGAUGCACAAAUGAGAAUUAAAACUGACUAAUUAUAUUCAAGUAGUACUGUGCCUGUAUUUAGCGAUGACCAAGUUUGGAAUAACUAGAAGGGUUUACAUUGUACAUUACAGAUCAGUAAAACAUUUCAAAUCACAUGUUGGUUCCUGGCACGGAUUAUUUGUAGAAUGUGCAUGUAGUGCUAGAACAAGAAUCUCUGAUGUGCGCUGUGUGUUUUUAUUUUGUUGUUAUUGUUUUUUUUCUAAGAGAUCAUGGAUUGGUCUUCCUCCAUUAUCCAGUUUUGAUAUCAUGACAUUGUUAAAUGCACCUGAUGCACUAUAGGUAUGAUUUACAUUGUAACAUAUUUAUCUAUGGAAUCAAUUGUCCAUCGCAUACAAGUACAUACUCUUAGCUUGCCAUUGUACAUUGUAUUUUGAAAAGUUUAGCUAUUUAUAGUUUCUGAUUCCGAUUCUACACAAAAUUUUUGUAAUUUUAGGCCCCCACUAUGAAAUGGCCAAGGCAUGUUACUUUUUCUGUCGUUCUAUCAUAAUUAAAUUUUCACUCUUUAUUUCUGCUAUGGAUGCUGAACUGAAAUUCAGUAUAUAGACAUGUGUACAUUAUAAAAGUAUUAUUUGAUUUUUGACAGAGUUAUGUCCCUUGGACUUAAAUUUUUUUCCAAGAAAUCAGUUUCUGCUUAUUAUCUUCAGUCAAUGUAUAACAUGAACAUUUUGAAUUGAAAUUCAGGAUAUAUGAAAUAUACAUCAUGAAAAUAUGCAGGUCAAAUUAUGAAAUGAAUCCAGUGUCUGACAUCAUAUUUGGCAGAGUUAUGUCCCUUGGACUCAGAAAAUUUUAAACAUUUCCUUAUAUCAGUCACAUAUACAAUUUGAAUUGAAAUUUGAGAUUUAGGUACAUGAUGAGAAUGCACAAGUCCAGUUCUUACAUGGGUCUGGUCAGAUAAGUUUUGGCUAGGCCGGUGGGGACAUUUGUGUCGCUCGAUCUAUACAUAUAUAUUUACAUGUAUUGUUACUGUAACAGUAGUUUUAUUCUUGUCUCAUCAUCUCAUGUUAGUUAGGUAACAUUUGAAAUUGUUUGUUGUGAAUUAUGACAAUUGUUUACAACUGGUUGAAAUACUGAAUUAGGUAAACACUGGGUUUAUCACCAUUUUUCUACUAGUUUAAUGUAAUUAGUAUUUAAGAUAAUGAAUCGUGAUAAUCCUGUGAUGUAGUUUGCCAUUAUUUUAAAUUACAUACUGACAUACAUGUUUAAAAUAAAAAUCGACAUGCAUGACUGCGUGUAUACACUAUAUCUGUAUUUUAUAUGUAUAAUUAUAUUUUUUUAAUAAAGGCGACAUAUAUUCUUUGGUUA